AUGCCUCUGAAAGUCGUCAUUAUUGGGUCUGGCGUUGCCGGCUUGGCAACUGCUGCUAUCUUGCGCAAGAAGGCAAAUGUCACAAUCCUGGAGCGUAGCACGGAGGAACGCAUUGCCGGAGGGCAGGGCGUUGGACUCGGUCCUAACGCGACCAAGAUUCUUGAUUCUAUGGGCUAUGAUCGCGUGCAAUCGCAUGCUGUGACCUCCAAGGGAUUCAAAGCGUAUGAUGUAUCUAACGGAAACCUCGUGAAGAAGAUACCGAUGGACGUUGUUGGAGAAUACGGAGCGGAUUGGCUCAUGACCCUGCGAAAAGACUUUAGAGCCGAGUUACUACGACUGGCGACAGAGCAUGAUGAGAGCACCAGGCCUACUCUCCGUUACAACUGUAAGGUGGAAAAUAUCGACGUUCACGAAGGAGCUGUAACGCUCCAGGGCGGCGAGGUGCUCUCUGCCGAUGUCAUUGUUGUUGCUUCAGGCAUUCAUACCGAUCUGAAAGAGAAAAUUGUUGGCAACGACAGAUUCAAGGCAACUCCAACUGGCCAGACUAUCUUCCGUUUUCUUGUCUCAGCCUCGAAUGCUACAAAAGUAGUCGGAAAACUGCCUGAGUGGUGGGAUCCCAAAGAAGGGGGGUAUUUAUCGAUCAUGAGAACUGACGAUGGCACCAAUCGUGCUCUGAUCACGUACCCGUGCUGUGACUUCAAAUACGUCAACUUCAGUUGUGCUUUUCCGAACCACUAUUUGAAAUCAAGCGCGGGGGAAUCAUGGUUUACAGAUGGCAAUCUCGAUGAAGUUUUGGAAAUCUUUAAAGACUUCCCCGCCCCUUAUGCAGACUUCAUGAAGCAUGCCGAGGAAAUAAAGGUAUGGGAACUCCGGGAUCACGACCCAUUGCCUACCUAUGUACAAGGCCGAGCAGUGCUCAUCGGCGACGCUGCCCACGCUAUGGCUCCCUUCCAAGGACAGGGCGGAGCCCAAGCUCUUGAAGAUGCAGAAGGUCUUCGCAUCCUAAUUGAGAACAAUAUCUCGCGCGGGGAUAUACCAGAGGCCCUUAAGCGUUGGGACAAGGCUCGUAGGCCCAGGGCCUCGCAAGUUCAGGAGAAUACACGACAAGCUAGCCGUAAACUCAACGAGGUUGACUCGAUGAAAAACAUGGCCUAUAACUGGACGUAUGACGGAAUUUUUGAGGCGUUGAAGGAUUUGGAGACUUGAAAUCGCCGAUUGAGAAGGGAUGUGCUGUGUUUCCUAUUGAUAGAUCAGCGCUUUUGAUUGCUAGUAACUAGUAAAUAUAAGAUAGCACGGCAAACUUGAUGUAGGAGCCGUUUGGUUAGAUAAUCUUGUGUAAGAUAGCUUACCCAGAGUUGGU